GAAGUAAAGUUGCCAUAUAGGCGACACUUCAGUCGCUCGUCGAUUACCCAAGUGAUUAGUUUGAACAGCUCCGCGGAGGCCAUAUCCUUAGCCAAAUGCAACGCCAAAAAUUGGAGGCUGUUGGGUCACCCGAUGGGUCGCCGAUCAAUAGAAGCGAUAGCAUAAAUCCCAUAUCGAGUAAUACGAAUGUGACCGUAACGCAACGUCCUUCGUCGCCGCGGCAGUUUUUCGAAAGACUUUACGGGCAUCUGGAAACGCGCGGUUCGGAAAACGGGGACAUCGAUGUCGGGACACACGCCCACAAGCCGCCUCCGUGCGACACGCCCUAUCACAGCGACGGCGGCAGCGUUUCCUCGCCGGACAUUUCCAUCAGCGACGAACGCACCUCCCUCGCCGGAUUUCCCACCUACGAUUUCUACGCCCAGUCCAAGGACUACACCCAUCAACCCCCCAACCCCACUCAUCAUCAGCAGGUGCACCAGCAACUCAGCUACGUGAGUCCGCCGCCAGUGAUUAGCCACGCAGCGAAUCCUGGCCUGCCGCACGGAUUUCCACCGGGGUUUCCCAAUGAUCCGCACUUCAGCGCCGGAUUCACGGCAUUCUCUCGGCGGCGUCGCAAGGAGGGAAGACAACGCCGCCAAAGGACCACUUUCAGCACCGAACAGACCCUGCGUCUGGAGGUGGAGUUCCAUCGAAACGAAUACAUCUCCAGGAGCCGUCGGUUCGAGUUGGCCGAGACGCUUCGCCUAACGGAGACGCAAAUUAAAAUUUGGUUCCAGAAUCGCAGAGCCAAGGACAAGCGUAUAGAAAAGGCUCAGAUCGAUCAGCACUAUAGAAACUUUGUCGUGGCCAAUGGUUUUAUGAGCUCUAUAAUGGGUCAAACGCCGGCGACCAUGCCCCCUGGAGGCGUGGCAGGAGGCUUGGGAGUGGGCGUGGGCUAUUUUCCAGCGACAGCAACGUCGGCAGCGCUGCCCAAGGAUAACACGCAGGAUGCCCAUUUUAUCGACAUCGAUGGCCAGUACGAACAAAAACUACAACUACAACAGCAGCAACGACGCCGAGCAGGAACCACAACGCUUAUCAACACUUGCUAGCAUUUUCGUAUCUACUUUAAUUGAGCUUUAAACUGUUUACAUUAAGUCACUAAUUAAAUAAAUAAAUAGCUGU